AUGACUUUACAUUGUAAUGCUACUGGCAAUCCUAUACCAAACAUUACUUGGCCUAAAGGUGGCAGUUUGUCAGUGCUACAUCAAGGGGAUAUUUACAGCGCUGUAAACAUACCCAGAGAGGCAGCAGGAAAUUACACAUGUACAGCUUGGAAUGGAGUUGGUAAACUAAAGAAAGCUAUUGCUAUCAUUGCUGUCCAUUAUCCUCCUUCUAUAAAAAUUCACAAAAAAGAGGUUAUAGUAGUUGAGGGUCGCAAUACCAGUUUGACAUGCAAUGUAUCUGGUAAACCAGAACCUACCAUCACAUGGACUAAGCAAGGUAGUAGUAAGGUGCUCUCAAAUACUUCAUCAUUGGAUAUGGGAGCGAAGUGUGUCUACAAUACCCUUAUUGAGCCAAUCCUGUAUUAUAACGACACUGCGUGGGAUGCUCCUGACGGCGCAAAACUCAUUUCAGCUCCCAGUAACACGACAGUGCUUCGCAAAAGUCCUCUCAGUUUGAAAUGCCGAGCCGAUGCCAAUCCUGAAGCUGAAUUUCAUUUGUACUUUAACGGUAGACUUCUAAUGGCCAACAGCUCAGGGAUUUUUAAUGUUACUGUGAUGUCCGAUGGUGUGUACACCUGUGCUCCUUUCAACGAAGUUGGUGCUGGAAAAAAUGCCAGUGUCAGUGUUUCAGCUGUUGAGGCGCCAUCAGUUUCAGUUUUACCCAACACAACAACUGUCAUUGACGGAAAUAGCUUAAACCUGACAUGUAAUGCGUUUGGAAAACCAAAAGCAAGCAUUAGGUGGACCAUGGUUAACUAUUUUGAUGUCCUAUCCACUGAUUCACGACUCGCUGUAAAUGUAAGCAGACCUGAGACAGUAGACAAUAUGAUCCAGUAUCAAUGUACAGCCAGUAAUGGAGUGGGAACACCUGCUACAGCUACAGUCAAUGUUACUGUUCACUAUGCUCCUGACGGCGCAAAACUCAUUUCAGCUCCCAGUAACACGACGGUGCUUCGCAAAAGUCCUCUAAGUUUAACAUGCCGAGCCGAUGCCAAUCCUGAAGCUGAAUUUCAUUUGUACUUUAACGGUAGACUUAUAAUGACCAACAGCUCAGGGAUUUUUAAUGUUACUGUGAUGUCCGAUGGUGUGUACACCUGUGUUCCUUUCAACGAAGUUGGUGCUGGAAAAAAUGCCAGUGUCGGUGUUUCAGCUGUUGAGGCGCCAUCAGUUUCAGUUUUACCCAACACAACAACUGUCAUUGACGGAAAUAGCUUAAACCUGACAUGUAAUGCGUUUGGAAAACCAAAAGCAAGCAUCAGGUGGACCAUGGUUAACUGUUCUGAUGUCCUAUCCACUGAUUCACGACUCACUGUAAAUGUAAGCAGACCUGGGACAGCAGACAACAUGGUCCAGUAUCAAUGUACAGCCAGUAAUGGAGUGGGAACACCUGCUACAGCUACGGUCAAUGUCACUGUUCACUGUGAGUAG